UAUUGUUGUAUCAAAUAUAAAUAUUAGAAAAAUAAUGGUUUGUUUUAAUUAACUACUUAUGAAUAUUGGGUACCUAUUCACUAGUAGUUGCUUAUUAUAAAUUAUUUUUAAGUACCUAAUUUCAUUACAAUAUAAUUCUCGGACCACAAUUUAGAACAAUGUAUUUAAAAACUAAUUAUUUUCAACAAAGAAAUUAAAAAUCGUACAUUUGUAACUACAGAAAAAAUAAAUAAACAACGAACGUUGCGAGCACGGAGCAACGCGUAUUAAACUAUUAAAGCUUAUCUGAAUAUGCUACGUGACUAUGUGAGUUUUUUUUGCCCUGCAAUGGUGGGGGAACAAGGCUACGCCGACGGCUCGUUUUUCGUUGUAGUGAUAUCAUAGGGAGUACGCGCUCCAGUGUAGUAUAUACAUCUCGAUGUAUAAGAGAUCAUAUUAAAAUGUUUAUCAGGGGCGUCAUUUGGGGGGGGGGGUCAGGGUGUGCGGUAGCACCCCUUAUUUUUAAAAUACUUCCAAUUGGCCUGCCCGCUGAAGCCUAAAAAUAAUGCAUGAGCCACGAAUGCACAAUUAUCAAUAUGAUUAAAAUUAAAUUAUAUUUUAAUUUUUAAAUUUUAUAUUGACAUUUUAUCAAUAUUGCGGCUGAACAAAACUAAAACACAGUAACUAACGUUCUUAUCAAAAUCGACUUUUUUGUAUCCUCAUUGUCAUCUUGUUACGCUGAAUUAAACUAUAUUAUUUUCUUUGGAUUCGGAUGAUUAUUUAUCAAUUUACAAACAAGUAUCUACAAGAGUUUGUUAUAUGAUAAGAACUUUACAAAACUGAAACACAGUAACUAACAAUUAUAUAUUUUCCUCGAUAUUUUCUAAGUUCUAAAUUAUAAUUUAAUAGCCAAUAAGUAAAUAGAUCGGUUGAUUCAAUGGCGGAUUUACCGACUGUCUUACAUGAUCAUGACUAUUUCACUGUUACUACUGAAUAUUAUUCAAGUUGUGUGACUGAAACACCAAGACCAGAUGAAAAUGUUUUAUUAAGUGCAACACAUUCUGAUCAUGAUGAAACAGCUAUACAUAAUGAUGGUUGUAAUAUUAAAAAAAAAUUCAGUAAGAAAGAUCAACAAGCAGUUUGGCAGGAAAAAAGGAAAAGUAAAAUAGAAAAUGCUAAAAUAAAACAUUCAUUUAGAAACAUUCCCUGUCCAGAAAUAUGUAAAAAUAAAUGUAAUAUUAAUAUUUUGGUUGAUCAACGACAACAAAUUUGGAGUGAUUUCUGGGUUAUGGAUUAUACUUUAAGAAGAAGGUACUUAGGAAAUUGUAUUACAGUGUCUCCAGUUAAGCGUCGAACAACAACAGAUUUCAUAAAUAAUUUUAAAAGGAAUGAAUCUCGUUACUUUUAUCUACCAGCUGGACCUAAGAAAGAUAAAAUCAGAGUAUGUAGAUCAAUGUUUCUUAACACAUUCGGAUAUUCAAAUGAUUCAAUAUUAACUAACAGCUCUUUAUAAAAAUUUAAAAAAUUGUGACAGUCCAUGUCUAUCAACUGUAAAAGAAAAUAGAGGUAACAAAACUGGUGUGAGUAAUUUAAACAUUGACAAGACCUCAAUAAUUAACCAUAUAAAAAUGUAUAAUCCAUGUUCUAGUCAUUAUCGUAGACAUAAUACUCCCAAUAUCAUGUUUUUGCCUAGAGAAUUGACUGUAAAAUCAAUGUAUGAAGAUUUUUGUUUGAGAUAUGGAAAAUUGUUUUCACAAGAAACUUACAGAGGGGUUCUAAAAGAGUUGAAUAUCUCAUUAAAAAGUCCUAUUUCUGAUAAAUGUGAAGAUUGUACCAAUUAUGCUAAUCAAAUAGAAAAUUCAAUUGAUGAAGAUGAAAUUGAAGAACUUACAACUAAAUUAGAGCAACAUAAAAUCAAAGCAUUUCAAGCAAACACUAUGUACAAAAAGGAUGCCAAUAUAAACACCUGCAGCACAACCAAAGUAUUUUCCAUGGACCUCCAAAAAAUUCUUCUAUUACCAAUGAUACCAGAUUCGAAAACUUGUUUUUUCACAAGUCGUUUAAUAGUGUUUAAUGAAACAUUCGCUUCCUUAAGACCAAAAGGCAAAUCUCAUUGUGUACUGUGGCAUGAAGCUGUAGCUGGUAGAAAAACAGAAAACAUUGCAGAUUCAAUACUAUCCAUAAUGAGAGGAAAGAGAUGCUCCAAAUUUUAUUUUCUGGGCUGACAACUGCACGGGUCAAAACAAAAAUUGGGUAUUAUUCACAGCAUUAAUCAGCACUUUGAACUCUAAGCACAACAAUUCUAUAGAAAGUGUCACUAUUAAAUACUUGACAAAAGGCCAUACCCAUAUGUCAGCAGAUGGAGUUCAUGGAAACAUAGAGAAAAAAUUUAAGCAAGUAAGGAAUAUAUAUGAUUAUGAUGAUCUCAAAAAUAAAAUUAAGGAAAGUAGAACAAAUUUAAACAUUAUUGAUCAAACACAUUUUUUUAAUUGGUCAAGCAAGAAACAAUCCACUACCAUAAAGAAUGACCCAAUAAAAGGUUUUAAAUUGUCGAGUCUAGUGAUGGUAACAUUUUUUAAAGGAUUUACCAAAAUGGAAUAUUAUACUAACUUUGAUGAGACACCAAAAGAAUUAGACUUUUUACAAAAAAAUUUUUUAAAAACCAUCAUUGAUUAUGAACCAGACAAAAUCAUAGAACCACGAGGUAUAAACAUUGAAAAAAAAAAUGAAAUAGUAAAAAAAUUACUUCCAUUAAUGCCAAAUAAUAGAAAACAUUUUUGGACUACCUUACCAGUUUCUUUAACUUCUGAAGACCUAGUUAGUGAAAUUGGACUAUCAGAUACUUUUAUUAAUGAAUGUGCAGAAUGAUGUAUUUUUUAUUACUUAUUUGUGAAUUAUUACACUAGUAAGUAUUCUUAACUUGGUUAAUUAUACUUUUAUAUUAUAUUUUAUCAUUUUACCAAAUGUGAACAGAAAGGACUGCAAUUAAUUUUUAUUUUAUUUUUAUUUGUUUUAUAAGUAGGUAAGAACACCUAACUUCAUUAAUUGUUAUUUAUACAUUUAUAUUUUCACAUUUUACCAAAUGUGAACAGAAAGACUGCAAUUUAUUUUUAAUUUUAUUUCAUUAAAAACAAUAUACCUGGAGAUGAUUGGGUCAACGGUUUCCUAAAAAGACACCCAUAUUUGUCAGUUAAGUUCAGUGCAAAUAUUAAGAAAACUCGCGCCAACAUAACAUCUAGCGACAUUAAUGAUUAAAUGGACCCCCUUGAAAGGACGUUAAGUGAUAUUCUGCCUUCGAGGAUAUACAACUACAACGAGACGAACUUAACCGACGACCCGGGAAAUAAAAAAGUAAUUACAAAGAGGUACAAAAAAAAAAAAAAA